CAUUCUUGUAAUAAUACUAGGCGAUGUAAAUCCUCCAUGGUCCUCUCCUCUUCAAUUCACCUGACAUGCCUGAUGAUGAAGUGACUGAUACUUGACAGGGUUUACCCUUGAUAAAGCAAAUUACCACAGGUACAUCACCUUUGAAUCCAACAAGAAGCCAUAUGAGUAGCAUCAUGUCAACUGAAGAUCUGACCACGGAAGUUAAGAAACACACCAGAGGGGUUUUGCUAUCCAAGAUAGGGGGUGUACCCCUGGUACAAUUUGAGAAAGACUAUCGAGAGUUGCUUGGGAAAAGGUUCCCUUUCCGGGAGCUGGGAUUCAGCGAUGUUCGGUCCUGCCUUGAGAGUUUGGCUGACACUGUCAGAUUUGAGUACUCUGAGGCACUGCAGGAACUGAUGCUGUUUGGAAUCGCCGACGAUCACUCCUUUAUGUCCUCACCAGCUAUCAAAGCACAAUUCACUCCAGACAAACCCAUCACUAAAAGAAAGAGGACGAAUAACAAGAAGUACCCCAAGAAACAUUCAGAUUCUGAUGAUUCAAAAUCUAAGCAUGCAGCUCACAAGUCCAAGGCCUUUCAAAGAAGGGAAAAACAAAGCCAGCCAGUCAACGGUCAAGGCAGCUCAACGAAUACCCAGGCAAGCAGCUUGGUGGAACUGAGGCCUAACCUGAAAGGGCUGUACUCCGUAUGUGUGACAAGACUACCCCAAGAGCUUGAGAGGGAUGUCCAAGAACUCUUCAGUGAAGUGGCAUCACCAGCAGAAUUGAGUCGGGGUGGCAUGCAUUUUUUCUUGCGGUAUAAAAGUCACGAGGAGGCAGAAAACAUAAUAGCCAGAUAUGACGAAUACAAGCUGAAAGGAACAACGCUGAAGGUUCAGCCAGCUAAAGAGAAGAUGGCUCCAAGAGAGGGUGCCCACAAUCAUUCUUCAAAAGUGCGAGAAUCUCGUCCUAAGGAGUCCCAACAAUUGGAGAGCCCACAACUGGACGAAUGCGACAAUAACAAAGUGAACACGAAUGGUAGGGAGGGCAAAAACAGCAGCCGAAAACCACACCGGAAUGCAGAAGCCAGUGGAAAGGCCGAUCGCCCCAGGAGUGCACCUAGGAACAAAAAUUCCAGAAAAUGUACGCGGGCAGGAGGAGAUGUCAAACAGGAAUCACAGAGUGAUGACGUAAGCUCGCAGUCGCCGUGGCAACAGUCUCAGCCAAACGGAGACGCGUUUGGAAUGCACAAGGGCGAGACCGAUGCGUCCCUCGAGAACAUGCUGCAGCAGUUUGAAUCCUUGGCUGCCGGUCAUUCGACAGAGCCCGCCUCGUUGUCGGAGCGUACCGAUCCAGUCAGUGAUCGAAGCAUCCCCAAGCCGAGGCUACGUAGCAUCUUGGAUCUUGCAGACAGGUUUAAAGGGAACAAAGACGUGAAGUAAAGCCAACUCAAUCCUAUGCCAACAGCUUCAGGAAACGAAAUGCCGAGCAGUUAUUGCUGAACCCGAGCAAGCCUGAACAAUAAGGGCAUGACUUAUCGACAAAUUCUGGGCACGUGAUCACCGUACACUGAUUUGUGGAGUGCUGUGGCCCUAUAUGGUUAUGGUGUUCAACUCAUGAUGGGGAACAUGGUGCUGUGUUCUUGGGCAAGACACUUUACUACACUUGCCUCUAUCCUCCCAGGAGUAUAAAUUGGCACCUGUGAAGGUAGAGACCAGAUUGCGCUGAUCUCAAAGUGCUGCAAAAAAAACACUGGUCUGAUGGCCUGAUGAACAGGGGUAAUAAUUGUGAAGCGCUUUGAGACCUCUGGUAUAGAACGCUAUAAUAAGCACCACUUAAAGCCCAGUUCAUACUGCAUGCGAAUGCGAAUUUGACGUCAGGAAACAUUCGCUGCGAAAUUCGACCGAGUUGAAAUAUGUUCAACUUUUACGAAUUCGUAGCCCGAAUACUUGCCAUGACGUCACAAGUUCGCGUUCGCGCCGAGUAUGAACCGGGCUUUACAGUACACUCAUGAGAUGAGGCCCCCUUCAAUGGAGAAACUAUUGUGCAUGCUAUCCUACAAAGUAACAGCCCCCUGAUGGAUUAUCUGAACAAUAGCUGGCACAAUGCUUUCACCAUUGAAGGGGGCCUCCAUCAUAGUAGCCCAGAUCAGUCCAACAUAUAAAAGCGUUUCAGUUUUCUAUCCCAGCAGUAUGCAUGUGGGUGUAUAGCAUCUUGUGAAUAAAAAGCUCUGGCUAGAUCUGUUCUAUUUUAUUGAUCCAUAGCUAGUUUCAAGUUUUUCCAAAUAGACAUUUAUCGGCAAGAUCAUAUUUUUGUGCCAGAAUUUUGAAGAAGAGACUACUGAUCUGCAAUAAAUAAAUUAAAAAAAAAAA